AUGGAAGUUAAGAGCCUUAAAAGAACCAUUACGAUAAAGACAGUGUUCGUUUGUUGUACCAUACUACUUAUUUUGUGGUUCUUGAAUGAGGCUGGUACCUUUUCGGAUCACGUAUCGUCUGUAAGCGAUUAUACAUGUCCUGAUAUAAAAGAUGAGCCAUCGCCGAAUAAUGAAGUUAAAAUCCCAGAACCCCCAUUCACAAUCGUGACGGGCGCAAGUGGGAAUCACUUUUGUGCAGUCCAUGCAUGGCUCUAUCGCACAUACACCGCUGUUAAUCUCGCCUUUUCCAACGCUGCGCGUCCGCGAGUCAUUGUCUAUAAUUUGGGCUUGUCCCCAUGGCAAAUAUCUAUGCUUAAUUCACUCCAAUCGGCUGGAGUCUUUACUGAAUUGCGCACGUUUAACUAUUCAAAAUAUCCAGACUUUUGGCUCUUAGCCAAUUCUCGCGGACAGUAUGCGUGGAAACCGGGUAUCGUAGGGGAAGUAGCGAAAGAUUAUCCUGGAAUAAUACUGUGGUUAGAUGCUGGAACUUUGGUUAGGACAUCCAUGUUGCAAAAUAUCGAAAAGCGGUUGGAGGAAAACAAGGGUUUCAUGUCACCUACUUCUUCUGGUUCCUUCUUUCGGUGGACUCAUCGGGGGGUAUUCGAAUACUUUAAUGUUCCAAUACCAAAAGAACUUAAAUCCAUUCAUAAUUGUAACGGAGCGGCAUUCGCAAUUGAUACCAGAACAGCCGGUAAAAUUUUAACAGACUUUGUUGAUUGUGCUCUCCACAAGGAAUGCAUAGCACCCCCCGGAUCCAGCCGAAAAAACCAUCGCCAAGAUCAAGCAUUAUUAACGUAUAUUGCUGCAAGAGAAGGGUAUUUCUGUAACGAGACUACAGAAAGUUUUGGUGUUCUCACUCACAAGGAUCGCGCAUGCGCUGAAUCCAUAGUUCGGUUUGAGACUCUGAACUUUGUUCCCUGGCAAAUCGCUGAAGAGGAAAGAGAAGCGGUGAGAAGUUAUAAAAGGGAAAACAGAAAAGCAGGAGAAUGGUGGGAUAUUGUGUGGGAAGCAAUCCCUUGA